AAGAACAAAAAGAGGAAGAGGUCAAAGUUAAAACACUUUCAGCAGAAUCCUCUAAAACCUCCAAAGAUGUGGAAAAUCCUGAUGGCCGAAUCCCAAAUGAAGACCAGCUUCUUCAAGAAUACGACAGCAAAGACAAUUUAAAAGGCCCUGCCAGUGAUGUUACUGAAGAAGAAACCUUUGAGAUGUUGGAUUCAAUUAAUGAUCAAACUGCUACAGAAGACGACAAACUUGAAGAUCCCAGUGAGCAGAUACCUAAAGAAGACACUGGGCCCAUAGAGGAAGACACAUAUCAGGUAAUUGAUUCGGUGGAAGAUCAGCCGAUAACUAGAGAGGUCGAGUCAGAGAUUGACAACAAGGCAAAAAGCACCAAGAAAGAGGAAGCAACUUCUAGAAAAGAUGAGAGACCAUCAAAGAGGAGUGGCCCUGCAACCUCUGCGUCCAAAAGUGAAGAAAAAGAGAAAUCUAAGGACAAGGUAGUUAAAAAAUAUGAGACACGAAAUAAGAUGGGCACCAGUGCUGGGGUUUCUAAAAUAGACAAAGAGGUCACUGAGGAGGUGGUUUAUGAGGUAGUAGAUUCUGUUGAGGACGAACCGGUUGAAGAUGCUACUGCUACAGAAAGGUCAGGUAGAAGAAGAAGUACUAGAGGAAAAAAAGAGGAUAAAAUUACAUUGAAUCUCACAGAAGUGUCUGAAAAGCCCGAGCAGGAUACGUACAAGAUUCUAGACUCUGUGGAGGACGAUACUGCCGAUGACGAAACGACAAUCACGACAAGAUCUACCAGAGGAAAAAGGGAAAGAACAACUAAGAAAGAUGCUUCGAAUGAGAGAACACAAAAAGGGGACACGCCAACGAGAAGGAGGCACACUCCUGCCAGAGAGUCACAGGAACGAAACAGGGAAAAAACACCAAAGAGAGAGUCGAAAGUUCCUCCAGAAGCGAGCACACCAACAAAGAAGAAGGACAUUGUUGCAAGAGAGUUAAGUGAGGACGCUACCUGCGAAAUAUCCUGUAUGGAGGAAGAGGUUGUUAAGCAUGAUCGGCCCGCCACAGCAGGAAAAGGAAAGAGGGGAAGACCAAAGAAACAGGUUAAAACAACAAAAAAAGACAAAGUAACAUUGAAGGAUGACGAAGACGCAUCCGAAAAAGUGGCUGAGGAAGAAGAGGCGGUGUAUCAGAUUGUUGAUUCUGUGGAGGACGAGACAGUUGAUGAUCAGCCUCCAACAGGACAGUCUGAGAGUGCGAGAGAGGAGAACACUUCUAAAAACAGUGACAAGCAAAAUAUAAAAAAUUCAUCUCUUGCAGGAUCCCCCAAAAAUGAGGAGGAGGAAGAGGAAGAGCCUAUGUACCAGAUCAUAGAUUCCCUGGAAGACGAAGUUCAAGAAGAGCUGACAGCAACAGGUGGAUCUGACAGAGGGAAGGAAAAUAGUGCGAUAAAAGAUGAGACUCCU